AGCUCAAGCCGAGCUCUCCCUGAAUGUACGUGAUGUGCAGCUAGGGGGCUCCAAGAAGUGCCGACACCCCUCGGCACGGCGAGCUUCCAUCGAUGGUGAUACCGCUGGGCCCCCUGGGCGCUGGGGGCGCCACGCCUCCCCAGUCGCAGCAGGCACCCGACGUGGUGAAGGAGUCGCACGCCACAUGGUGGUGGCUCCUGGCCCUGCUGCUGCUGGUGCUCGCCGUGGGCCGCAUCGUCGCCGGCGACGUGUUCGGCGCGCUCGCCAUAGUCCUGAUUGCGUUUAUAGCCUGGUCCAUGGUGCGCGACGGCUGCGCCGGAAUGUCCCAGAGCUGCGUGAUGAUGUUUGGCCUGAUGUGCGCCAUCCAGACCGUGUUUGAGCUCAUCAACCUGGCCACGAACGCAGGUGGUCGCAAGACGACCACGGUGACGCCCGCCGCGGUGGACGGCAACACGAUGACCUACACCACGACCGUAGAGACCCACCCGUUCUUUGACGAGGCACAGGGGUGGCAUUACAAUUUCCAGUCCGCGACCAUGGUGGCGGCUCCGGUUGUGAUGUUCCUUGGCGGCGCCCUGGCCUAUGUGUCUUACAGGCACUACCCUUCCGCGCUCUUCUCGGAUGACGGGGGCCUGGAGGGCGGGUCGGUGCUGGGCGGCGGCUUCGGUGGCGCGCCGCCCUCCGCCGCCGGCUACGGCAGCGGCGGGGGCGGCGGCGCCGCGUACGGCACGCCGGGCCGGGCGCUGGGCGCCUCGGCGACG